CGGAGACGGUCCCGCACCGAAAGACCAACCAGUUGCGUUUGAAGCGUGACCGCGAACGUUCGUGUUUUCCGACCGUUUUACUCCGAAAGUUAGCAUAUUGUUUGAUAAUUGGUGAGACGAAAAAUACGAUCACGACCACCGGUGGGGACACAGUGAAAAAAUUUGAAUUGCAAAGUGUGAGAUUGUUGACGCGUUAGCGCAAGUUCAUCCAAGUGGCAAAUGAUCUGAUUCAACUCAAAGAGUUCGUAAAGUGGUUGGCGACAGAAAGAACAACGUUUCAAAUAGCAAGAAACAAACGAAAUAGAGUGCGAAGUGUGCGGUACGACAUUGGACUGACCGAACAGCCAUUACACGUGUGAGAUUUACAUCGCAUUUUCUCGAGAAGCUACAAACGACGGAACACAAUCUUCGGACCGUGGAAAGUGUAUACUAAACCGAUAAGAAAACGAAUACGAAGAAGCUCGGUGGAAAACUACAAACCUUGAAGACCCAUUAGAUCACAUCAUUUCCGUUAGCGCUUGGUUUCGCUGAUGUAAGGCAACUCUUUCCCGGUGAUGAUGACGACGACGACGACGAUGACGACACCGUUGAUGAAGGAAAUGGUUCAAUACUAUCCAAACAUUUGCUGAACCACUCCCUGCGGUUGAGAUAUUGCCUCCGGCAGCAAUAGUGACAAGUGACUGUAAACCAGCCAAGAGCUAGGAAACCACACGUGUUAAGUAGUAAUAAAGAAGCGCCUGGUGAUAAGACAAUUUUACGCGUAAAAGGUGUGAAAGGUGAUACAAAGAUGGGAGCGCCACCUGCCAAGGAACCGCUGGUCAACCGGAACCUCAUCUCGCUCAAAAUUGUCCUGUUUCUGUUCUAUGCGGCUCUAGGAUGUCUGCAUCCAUACCUACAAAAGCACAUGACCCUGACAGGGUUAGAUUACAAAGAAUCGCAAAUCAUCUCGGUUGUGGCCCCGCUGAUCGCCAUCUUGGGACCACUGAUAUUCGCACCGCUAGCCGAUCGCCUGGCCGGAACCAACGGAUCAUCGUACGGAAGACGUCUCCGGUUUCUGGCCUCGUUUUGUAUGAUCUUUUCAGCGAUCUUGUACGCUAUUCUGUUCUUUGUUGUUCCACCGAUUGAACGCCAAGAAUCGAGUCGAUCGCAAGUCAGCUUCGCAUGCGAUCUGGAUGGAGCCAUCAUCUUCCAGCAACGCUGCUCCGAGGAACGCACCUGCUACCAUUGGAAGCGGGAGAAGAUUGGCCACUUAACAUUGACGAACUGCUCCUACACUUGCCAAAAACCGAUCGAAUUCGAAAACCUAAAUCAUCCGUAUACGAAAGGAGUUACUGUGCCACCGUCAACCGAAAGCUCAAUCGAGGACGAGGAAUAUGACCUGAUCGAAGAAGACGCAGAAAUCGCCCCAGCCAAUCUGGAACUGCCACGUGUAGAAGUGGAUAACACACCAAUCCCUGUUCCACACAUUUGCGAACGGAAGGGAGGUCCCGAGUCGGAGAUUUGCCACGCCUACACUCCGGCAACCGAAUCCCUCAAGUUCGAAACGGUUCUACGCAGUGCGGUGAACGACGAGAACGAUACGCACAGUGCCGAAUGGUGUCGCUAUCCAUUGGAUGGGUUCUCGUGCAACAUUCCGGAGAAGCAGGUCACCUGGAUGAAGCUGUUGAUCAAUUCGUCGCACUGUACUCCGAAGAUCGAGUGCGAAGUUCACAAUCCGUAUGACAACGAGGAAAGUGUGUUGGCGGAGAGCGUUUGCAUGCGGAUCGUUGGGGAUCCCGAGCUAACCUUCUGGUCAUACCUGCUCCUGAGAUCGUUUGCUGAUGCUUUCCCGCUAGCCGCAAUUGUACUUCUAAACGCUGCCACCAUCAUUGCCACAAGAGAGACCUCCACUGGUAGAGGAGACUUUGGAAGACAGAUUGUCUGGGGUGCGAUCGGAUGGGCUCUGUUCUAUUUCGUUCUGUCCUGGGUGUUCGAAACUUACUACGUCUAUGUCGCGUUGGUAGUGUUGGCAGCCAUCGUACUUCUGCUAUCGUCCGGAAUGCCUCUAUCUCCACCGGAGAUGUGGUGGCACACCAAGUGUGGAAUGGUUGCCAUUCCAAUGUCUGCUAUCCGCAGAUACGUACCGGAGGCUGCUGGGCUCUGCUUGGUUACGUUGAUUUUGGGUACUUUUUGGAGCGUGCUGGACAACUACGAAGGUGUAUUGGUCAAGAACUAUGAACUAAUGCCGAACAUGGAAGAGUACUACGGACCAACCUGGAGCGUUUUCGUUAUUCUAGGAGCACUACUUGUCAUUCCUAUCUUGUGGUUUGCCGAGAAUAUCGUAGACUAUUGCGGACACUCGAACAUCUUGAUCGCUGCUAUAACAACCUUCAUUUUCCGCUUUUCCCUGUUGGCUAGCCUGGAUGUGACAUGGUGGCGUGUAGUUAUCGAUUUCCUCUACCCGAUUACCCUGGGUCUAACCUGGUUGACAAUCAUAUUCUAUAUGCGUCACAUUUUCCCUCGCCGUAUCAUUACAACCGGACAGGCCCUGCCCGUAAUCUUCCACUUCUGUCUGGGCCGAUUCAUUGGCGCCCUGAUUGGAACGUGGACAAAGCUAGAAUGUCUAAUAACCACCUUCCAAGUGCUAGCCAUCACUGCCUGCGCUGUUGCCGUCAUUUAUUUCCUACUGUAUCACUUUGUCUUGGCUCCACGCUGUGCAUCCCGUAUGACUACAGUGCCAUCUACGUCCGCCUUGCACAUUACAGCCCCAGAGACAAAUGGACAAACGCAAUCACCACAGCAGCAACCCCUGCAACCUUCGAAUGGCUCCUAUCAACCCCUCCGAAUCUAUCAUAACUAUCGCGGACGAAAGGGACAUUUUAGAUAUUAAACUUGUAGUGCGGGGGGUGAAUCAAACAAAAGAUGAGGCAUCUAGUCUUCGUCAUGUAGAGCUAACAAAAGCUGAUAAAUAUCGUUAAGCCGCGAACAAAAUUUGUACCAAAUCAAAAAUGUACACGAACUAUCGAAGGAAUCACUCGAAAACAGAUAUAGAUUAUUUAUUAUUGUUUUUCUUAAGACUUUAACAACUUCUAACCGACCUAGGCUAAUUCGCUUUGAAUCGUCUGCCAAAGCGUAGAUUGUAGAAUUAUUAAUAAUUUUAGUUCUACUAAUUUUAUCUCAACUCAACUUUUAGCGUCCGGAAUUGUCGACCGACAAAUCAAAUAUAUUAAAUAGAAUAGUUUUUUUUUACUCUUAUGAACGAAUCUCUUCGCUGCACUUCUUUUGUGCAGUGGUGUUCUCUAUCCUCCAAUUAGACAUCUACGCUUCUUACAUCACAUUUAGGACGUAAGAACUUUUCGAUUUAUCUCCUAGAAACAAACUCGUUGUUAAGUGGUUGCCACUAAAAACCGAAAAAAUAACAAAACAGAAAUAUAACAGUAUGAUAAGCUUAAAGCAAUCAGAAUCUAAAAGAACAAAACAAUUAAUUGUUACACAGUUGUUGAAAAUGAAUGUACCUUGAACGAACAGAAAACCUGAAAGCAAAGCUUGCGGCCGCAAUACUAGUUCAAAGUUGCACACGUGAAAUAUUUCCCCACAUUGAAUUAAACUAAGCGAGCUUUGUUCUCUGUUGAAGCGAAAUGUUUCAGCGAAAGCACAAAACAGACUGUGGACACACAGUCCACACUGAGCUCGGAGCAACACGUGCGUACGCUGCUGGAUUGCAAGCUUGAAGAGCCUUAACCAUCUCUCGCAAUGUCUUUCGGAGUUUGAAACACAAAUUGUUACAUCAAACAAAUACAGAUCGAUAUAUUUACAUGUACCAAAAAUAACAAUCAACAAAUUUAGAACAUUCUACAUGCUGAUAGAAAUUGCUGAAUAAAUACUCUCUGAAAUCCAUAACAUAUUGCUUUGAACUGCACAUGAACAGCUUAUGUGAUCAUGCGCACCGAAAACCAUCCUUGAUGCAACUUGACGUUCGAACAAUGUUGUCUAGGUUAACUUGUAUGUAUAAGUCGCAUUAGAGUAAGUGGAAAGUGAUGAAGCAAAUGAGCGAAUACACUUAAAUUUAAAUUGUUAACUCUCUAUUUGCUAUGCCCUCCAUUACUUAUCGACGAACCUCAGCGAUAGUUAUUAAAAAAAAUUGUAUAGUAUAUGGAGAUUGAGAUAAGUUCCAAUCAAUUGUUCAAAUCAUGGAAAUAAAGUUCAAGAGUAUAUUCAGUAUUGAUUAACCACUGUUUUCCAAUGAUUUUUGAGUUUUUUUUUUCAAAUGCAAUAAAGUUUGCUCAUAGUCGAUCAAAAUCGUAAGCAAGCAAUACCUUAUUUUGAUUGUUGAGAAUUGGUUUAUAACGAGUAGUAUGAAAGUAGUUACCCACAUGCUCCAUCAUUUUCCACUUACCUUAAACUACAUUAGCAGGAAAAUCACAAUUUUAAACAUCUAUUCGUGUAAAUAAAAGCGCUGAAACCGUAAAA